GAUGACCUCCCCUGACGUGGAGUCAGCGCCACCUGCCAUCAGGUCCCAGUGUACCCGGGCUGGUGUUAUUGCUAAGUACUACCGCCGCAACUCCGGGGAUGUGGAGUCUUCUCCCCUGUAUAGUGCCUGGUUCAGGGAGGAGAUCAUUGCUGAUCAGAGGUUCGAGAGGAGGAGGAAGCUACUGUCAUUGAACAGAGCUAGGGAUUGUUACAAUGAAAUGGAGGUUGAAUAUUCUGAUAAGUACUGGUCUAAUGCUAGACGCAACUCUCGACCAUCUCUUCGUGGCAAGAGACAGGCGGACUGUAAGAUCUGCCACACGGAGCUCACAGACUGGUCCCUCGUGACCUCGCCCUCACACGUGACUCCCCCCUCCCUCGUGACUCCCCUCACCUGCUUCCAUCUCUUCCACACCUCCUGCUACCAGUACUGGCACACCAAGUCCAAGUCACCAGAAGAUGGGAGCUGUUGUCCUGUUUGUGUCAAGAUUAACACAAGUUUCAGUGAAGCCCCUACUCCUGAUGACAAAGAAGAUGACACGGUGGUUAUAUCCCCUGUGGUCCUCCAGCCGAUACCUCUCGUCCUCAGAGACUCUCUGUUGUUGGUUACAAGUGAGACACUCCAAGAGGUCCUGACUGAAACGGAGGGUGCCACUAUUGAAGUUACGGGUGUUACACAAAUUAAAGAGAAGGAGGAAAAGGAGGUUGUUGUCCUGGAGAUCUGAACGGAUUGUCAGUUAGUGCAGAAAUGGAUUUUGUUGCGGACAUGUAAGCUGGAUUUUGGGGCUCACGUUUUUGCUUGACUUAUAAGUUGGAGCUUCCUUAUAUUAUUUACUUUAUACUCAAUGACUAACAUCACUGUAAUUUGAACUAACUAUUAAGUUUAUAAUUUCUCGAUAUUUCUUACCCGACAAUGUUCAGUGGGUUGCCAAUUGCAAUAUCUUUUUUAAUAGGUCCUAAGUUAAGUCGGCUUUAUCAUCAUAUUACGGACAUUUUGAGUGACAAUAUGUAAGCUGUGUAGAGUGUUUGGGACACGGAAUACUUGUUUGAAUCAGACAGUUAGUGUUAGUUUGUAGUGAACCAUCGCUGCUAUGUCACUUUGGGAAUGUUGUCGGAUAAGAAAAUAAUUAUUUGAUUUUAGAUGAACUAAUAAAAUUGGUCUCAUAAUUGAUAAAUGAUACUUGACAGUUUCAAAUUGUUUCUCGUUCGAUUUGCGGUUUUUACUAAGACUAAUAUUAGAGUGUUCAGUGUAUAAAAGAUAAAAUAACCUUCGCCUUUGUACAUUGUCUGAUGCUGUUAAAAACAAGGUUAAAUUGAAAGGGGUUGACAUUAUACUCGUCAGUAAAUAUUAUGUUAAUAAUAAUUAUCAUUUUAUAGAUUUAUAGCUGCUAUGGUUUAUUCUAAAACUAUGAAAUAAGAUGCUAAGCCUAAGUAUGUCUCACAGUUUUUAUUAUGCUCAAUUUUUUGGAGUUUUUAUGAUCUAUGUUUAUCGUGUAUUUGCCAUAUUUAUUAAAACUUAUUUACUUAAUUUUUGAUCUUUCAAUCAAAUUCUAUAAGAUGGUGCAGGUCUAGUACUGUUUAACCAUAACUUUUCAUUAAAUUUGAUAGCUUUUAAUUGACAUCGCAAAUUCCUCUAAUAGUGCUGGGGAUCAUAUUUUGGUGGGUGUAUUACUCAGAGAAAAUGUUAUAAUGUUUGCUUUAUCAUUCUAACCAUAUUUAAUGCUGUAUUGCUAUACGGGUUUGACUUUUCAAAAAUACAGACACAGUAGUUAUAAUGUUUUAAAUUAUAAUCAAACAAAAUAAUGAACAAAAACAUUUAUCAAAUGAUGUAGAGCAUGCCCAAAUAAAUAUUUGCUCAUUGUAGCGAAUUCUUGUUUAAUCUGAAUCUGAAUAGUUUUCCGAAAUUCACAUCAUCCAAGUUUGAAGUUCAUGACGUACAUAUUAUUAUAUUAUUAUGGAGUUGAGUGUUCAGUGUUCAGAUAGCUAAUUCGGUAUCAUAGUAUAGACAUGAUUGAUGAUAUC